GGCACAUUUAACCUUUGCUAGAGCAAGGAUGCCAGAAUCUCAGAUGUAAUCUCAGAAGCUUAUUUUGGAGUGUGUUUAGAUAAAGCACACUAUUAUCGGUAUUGAAAGAUUUCAUUUGAAAUGUUUCACUUGGAAGGCUGAGAGUUUUCAAGUGAAGAGCUGAAAGGACAAGCUUGCAUCUCUCUUGCUGUUGACUGUAUCUGAUUAAAAUCUUUACUGUUUUGUCCUUCAACUUGGUUACUGGGAGCUGAUCUUGUCAGAAUGCAGUCAUCUGUAAGCAUAAUUGCCCAGGUGGGGAGGACACAGUUUUCUUGUCUAAACACUCAUGGUCCUGUGCUCUCUUGCACUGUUUUUGUCUGCAGAUGUACGUGCUUGACUUCAUAGUCAAGCAAUUUACCUGCCACCAUUUAAAGCCCCAGCCUUAUGUCUUAAUCAGUAAAGAUUUAAAACAGAAGACUUUCUCAGCCCCAACUUUCACUCCUUGUCAGGCAUUCUUGGGGCACAGGUAAAACUGCACUGUGCUAACUGACACACAGUCGAUGAUACAUGUGUGCUGGUUGGCACCUUGUGUCUGCUUACUUCCCAUCCAAGAGCAUGGUUUUGCAUUAAGGCUAUGUACCCUAUGCUGGGUGAGAGUAAAUGUGGCUUGGAGUCCUGGUGACUUCAAUAAUCCACUUUGGCAAAUGAAUCUCUCCACAGACCUUUCUUGUAGAAUUAGUGACUCAUUCAUUAAACAUCUGAUAGGGUUAUGGUGGUGCACACUGAAAAUGCUGAGAUUCUCUUUCAAGCCGAAGAUCUAUUUUCAGCAUUAAAAAGUAAAAAACACCAAUGUAGUUUGAGGGAGUUCAACUUAAACUGUUUUUUUUCCCUGUUUUGGCAUAGUCAUCUUCUCUUUCGUGGUGUAACUUCUGUUGUCACAUGAGAUUUCCAUUAGUUCUAAUUGUUACAAAAGUUUUUCCUAAAUACCCUGCUGCAGUUGUCUUACCCCCCCUUAGUUUGCAUCUUGAGUUCUUUAACAGAGCAUUUUCUGAUUAAGCUGUUCAGUGUGUAGUUGAAGGCUGAAUGUUCAGACAAGAAAAGCAGUUGCUUUGCUUCUGGAAUGAUUUAGUGAACUAGGAGAACCUAAGCUGCAUAGCUCAAAGGAGUUUAUUUAAGUAGCUGAAUAAGCCUGGCGAGAGGGAUGCCCCUGAUGACACAUGGAGCAACAUCUGAGUUGAAUGUUGGAAGUCCACAUGAUAUCAAGUGUAUGUACUGCUGUCCUCUUUAUUUCUUUCCACUGCUAUAGGGAACUUUAGUCAUGGUCUGCUCAUAUUUGUAGUAUUGGUGGAUUGUUUCUGUGGGUUCCUAUGUGGUAGAGCAGUAUAUAUGUAGUGUGGGCCUGUUCAGCAAUUUUUGACAUUUGAGAACUUAUAAGGGUGUGCAAAACAGAAGUUGGAAGCCACCAAACAGCAGUUUAGAAGAGUAAGGAGCACCAGUGACAACUUCAAGCUGGUAUUUGGCUAUUAUUUGGAGAGGUAGCUGGAUUGGUGUUAGAAAACUUGGUGUUUGAGUGCUGCCUCCUGAAGUCCUGGAGGUGAUGUCUCCUGCCAAGGGAAUUGAAGCUUCUUGGGUGGGUAAUUGCGUAUGGUCAGCCAUGAUUGAGAACAAGCUUGGGGCUGUGAGGGGGUACUCGUUUUGUCUGUUACAUAUGGUAUCCUGUAUCUGCUCAAUGCCCUUCUGUGCUCUUUUAAGAUAGGUGAUGUAGCAGAAAUCUUGGACUACCAGUGCAAGCCUGAAGAGGACUUUAUUGCAUAGCUCUGCUUGUAACUUACUUUCUUUUCUGAAGUUUUUGAGUUCUAUAUACAAAUACCCAAACAAUGAAGUGCUAAAAUGAGGGUAUACUCGCUUGCUCAUUUGAUACAAUUACAAAACGAUCUUCUGGAGAGUUACACUUUUUAGACAGAGAUUGAAACUUGCCUAAAUUGGGUGCAGCUCUGUGUGUCCUGAGGGAAAGGCUGCUCUUAAUAUGGAGAAUUAGGGCAGUAAGGCUGGGGGAGUGGACUUGGUGCUAUUACAAGCACCGAGAUGCAUGGAUAUUUACAGAACACUGCUAAGCUCUUGAGUUCUAAAUUUAGCAGUGUCUUUAAUUCACCAGCUGUGCUAUUUAUUGAAGAAAUAUUUGGUCUGCCAUAGGUUCCUUGUUUUUAACAUCCAUGCCUAUGCGCAGGCUAAUGUUUGGAAGACCUCUCUGUGUGCAGAUUAUACAGCUUGUUAGGUCUCUGAAAUGCUACGAAGUAGCAUCUUGACACAAAUGGUUUUUCACCUGGCCUGAAGCCUACAGCAUGAACACUUCACACUUGGGAUCAUAAAAACAAACUUACUAGUUGGGCUUUUCGUUCUAAAUGAGCCAGUCAGAUGUCUGAAAGUCUUCAGAAUGAACCUGAAGGCAAAUAGGAGGAGGCUUAGUAGUAUUUGAGGUGUAUAGGGGCAACCUGUAUAAUUCCUUAAUGCCUACCAUAGGGUUUGGCAGCACAACAGCACUGCUACUGGUUUUAGCCUUUCACAGGGGUCAGGGUGUGUGAUAGUGAGUGUUUACUGCACAUACAAGUUAGGGGUCAGUGCUAUGUGUUUUUCAGGCCUUGACUAUUUUUAAAGCACGUGUCUGUGUGACUUGUCAUUUUAAGUGCAAUCACUAAGGGAAAGCAGGUGAUGCUAUUGCUUAUCUUCAGUUUUUUCCCUGCCUUUUCUCUAAUUGGAGUGAGGUAAAUAUGGUACUAGAACCAGUUCAUCUUUGUACAUUUCACAGCCUUAGAGUAAAGUAAUAUCUUGAGUCUUGUAUAAAGUGAAUCAUUUGCUUUAGUUUUAGGUUGGUGGUACACAUGUUUCUCCAUAAGCAAAUAUUCCCUGUAUAAGUUACUUUGCAGUGAAUGUGAAUUUUGUAUCUCGCUGGAUAGAAAAAUGAUAAUCCAUGGGUUUUCAAAUAGAAUAUUUUUGAAACACUAUGUGGAGAAGGAAAUUAAGUCUUCAAUCUGUCAGUGAUGUCAUAGACUACAAGUAGAAGUAAUACUCUUAAGUGAUGAUUGCCUGUUUGAUUUUGGUCUGAACUAUUUAAAUGGGCCAGCGUACCUAAUUUGAGCUAGGGCAGUCUUGAAAUAAUGACUGUUAGCACACUUUGUUUAUAAUUAUAGCUAAAGCAUGGAGUUUGUGUGUAAAAGCCUCAGUAGAACAGACUUGUGUUCCUCAACUCUGUACAAGAGCAUUGCUGUGCUUUCUGCAGUCAUGCUGAGGAGGAGGAGGAAAAAGUGAGGCUCCCACACUGUGGGGAGAUGACUGGGCGUAGACUAAUGCUGAUAGCUAACUCUGAACAUAGUAGAUAUUAAUUUUGCCAAAGGAUAUAAAUGAAAUCCUUGCCUGUGAUUUAAAUAGUGGUAGAUUAUUUUAGGAAGGAACACUAAUAACAAAAGUAUCUUGAUACAGGUUAAGACACAAGACACAGAUCAUCUGUUGUGUCUGACAAAGAUACUUCAGAAGAUACAGACUCACUUGUCUGUGAUGUGAAUGUUAACUCUUCCUCAAGUCUGAAAGAUGGGUCGAGACUUCAUACUGAUGCAAGCGGGCAAUAGUAAAAGCUUUAGCCUUUGGCACUGGAUUGAGCUCUUCACUUUAAAUUUCUGUGGUGAUACAUUAGCUAUUUAGGUAUGCCCUGGAAAAAGUCUGAUGGGCUAAUUCUACCCACUGCUUCCAUUGUUUUGAGAAAUGUAUUUCAUAACAUCCCCUAUCUUCACCCUUCCUUCUGCUUUUUGGAAGGAGACUUUCUUCCUGAUAUAAAAAAUGAACCCAAACCACCUGAGAGGUUAAGGGCAGUAUUUCUGACAACAGUUAAUUCCAUAAGAGAUUAAAAUCUUCCAUUUUUCUAAAUUCAGAUUUUAUGAAAACAGGUUUAGGUCUUUGCUCUGUAUGUGUUUUUCAGCCAAGCUGGGUGGAUUCUGCAUUUGAAGGAGAACCUCUAUGCUGAAGUAUCACCUUUAAGCUCUUUGCAGUACAUCAUCUGGCUGUGAAUUUUGCAAACUGGAAACCACCAACUUCAGCCAGGAUAUUCUUUUUAGUUUAAUUCUGGUUCUUCUGCUUGCAGAUUUCUCCAUCUCACAUGGGAGGCUUUGAACAAAGUCUGUUUUUUCAAUCAGAAAAAUGAGUACUACUUGUUCCCUUCGAGUUCAGAGGAUUUGCCAAAACAUGUUGCAUUUUAAGGAAUAGUCCAAAGGCUGUGUUUGAUGGUUCAGGCUUUGCUCCUUUCUUUCAGGAGCUUCUGCAUCUCAAGUGUAGGGGUUAGAGUAUAAAGGCACGUAUAGGAUGCUGUCUUUGUUAACAGUUUAUAUUUUGUCAGAGCUGUCUCAGUGACCAGAUGGUGUUGGAAUGGCGAUGCUUUAGGGUCAAAAUAUAGGGAAGUUCAGGGCUCCAUUGCCAUUUCUCCGCAUUUGAGGCAUGUGGACCUUCUAUUUGUUCUCUUCUAUUGCUGGAGGCGAUAACAACCCAAAUCCUAUUUCUUUUUUCCGGACUUAGAGUGGUGAAAUAUAGUCCUGUUAGCACAGUAGGUGAGGUGUGUUCUUCUGUGGACUGUUUUGAGCUCUUUAUAUUGCUUAUGCUUCCUGAAUCAGUGAAAUAUCUGAGAAACUUGAUUCUAGUGUCCAUCAGUUAAUAUAAAAGAUGCCUUCCAGCAUUUUUCUUGUCUUUUUCUCGCAGUUUUCUGUUGGAGUUGUGGCAACCAUAAUCCAGGCUAGAACACCUCAUAAUGUUGAGGCUUUCUUCUAAUAAAAACUGGCUUAUGAAAGAAUUGUAUGGAGAAAGCUGAGAGAGUCUGUAGCUCAAGAAAUACCUUUCCAGUCUUUAAAACUCUCUCAAUUGCAGAUGUUGGAACAGCUUCUCUGGCUUCAUUUUGAGUUUUAGCUAUGGGAGGGUUUUGUUGAGCCUUUCCUUUUGUGUUGCAUCUCUUUAGGGAGAAGAACUACUGUUAAAAUAGGGUUUGUUAGCUGUGAAGCUGUGGUUAUUAACAAUACUUCUUCACCCUGUUUGGGUUAGAAACUUUGUCAUUCUAAUACAGUGUAUUUUUCUACAUGCAGAGAACCUUGGAAAGCUGCACAGCAAGUUAAAGUUAAGUACAAGGAGAGGGCUCUCACAGUAUAACACAUGGGACUGUCUACUUCUGAUACCUGUCUCGUGAAACACUGAAUAGUUCUGUAGUGGCAGAAAACUCCAUAAUUAAAGCUUCAACUUAGGCUUCAUGUGGAAUUUUGGAAUGUUUCAAAAUAACUGCUCUGCAGAUUAGUGCUAAAAAGCACAGAAAGUCCAAAUAGUUUUCUUAAAAUGCAUGCUGUUGAUAACCUUUCUGGGCUAAAAGUUGGUAAUAAUAGUCUUAUGUUAGAAGGAAUGCUUAGCCUCCCAGUGAACUUCUUAGCACCAUGGUAAAUAGUGUGUUUUAUAAGCAGAAUGUUCUCUUUCCAUUUGGAAGCUGGACUUGUGCACUGGAGAAACUAGAUAUUAUGUAGCUUCUUUCAGAUGUCAUAAAGUAUUAGUUUAGAAGUUUAAAAAUCACUAAAAAUAUGCCCCUGGUCGUCUAGUUGUGCUUGAAGUGAGGCAAAGUUGGAAUGGGAUGGACAAUUCUUUGUUAAAACUUUAUUGAUUUUGCAUGGUGUUUCAGUUUUGAAAUGCUUCCUGGUUGCUGAGGGAAGUGCCAGGAGGCAAAAAUCACAGCAUCUUUCAUCUGAAGUCUAGUAGCAAAAUCAUCUAGAUCUGGAGUUAGUACUGCUGGGGUGAUUAGCUGCUUUGGCUUGCUGAAGCAGAGAUAAUAUUUUAAAGGACCUACUUAUCCGAAUUGGAAUUUUGACUCUAGCUAAUCCUUUUCUUCUGCUGGAAGCUGGCUAAGUAUGUCUUUAUGGGAUUGUUGGUAAUAAGGGCUCCGUGUAGUUAACUGAGCAAAGAGUAGGAAAUAGUACGAAGGAAAAAAGAGAACAACUUUGAAUGUUCUCAGUGGGCAGUAUUAGUCCCAUAGGUAGGACUGUGGAAUUGUGAUCAUCAGAAACACCUACAUGAGUGUUAUGGGCAAAUAAUCUAAAAUCUUAUGAUCUCUUCUUCUUUAUCUUUAUCCAAGAUGGAAUUUCAGGGCCAGAGGAGAAAUUGUUAGAAGUGUUUCAAACCAAUGUAAAUUUUCCCAGCAAGGGAGCUGUUGCUGGAACAUUGUGUCCUGCAGGAUGCAGAGCAGUAGGAGUGUGUUGGAAAUGAAUCUGGCUGCCUUACUCUCUAGGAGCCAAGAAGAGAUUUUUGAAUUGGCUUUUUAUUCUUCAUCAAGACUUUUCAUCACUUUGAAAGCAGGUUGUCAGAUGAGAUGAGCCUCUGGCAUCCUCUGACUGGGGAGGAGGAUCUGUAUUCUUAGUAGUCUUCCCAAAAAAGACCCCAAUGACAUCACUGAGAUGCAGAAUUUGUGACAUGAGUGCUUCUCUCUCCACCCUUAGUUUUGGCAGAGAUGUUAUAAGGCAUUGCUACUUGUGGCUAGAACUUUUAAGAAAUAAGACUCUUCAUUAGUAUUACUACACAAAUACAGCAAUAAAACCUCUUCCUUUAGUACUGUAGAAGUAGAAUAACAAACCUAUGCUCAAAUUUCAGGAUAUUUGUCGUACAAUAGAAAUUUAAAUUUGGAAAUGAUGGCGAGACUGAUAUCCAUCACAGUGCACUCUCAAUCCGUGAGGAAUGUUAGCUUUGGCUUGCUGUUGCAUUUGGAGUUCGUUGAAGUUUUAUUGUAUCCCAUUUAUGUUAUUCCUUUUCAUUAGUCUGUCUUUCAGCAACAAAAAUAGCUUCUUUACCCCCCACCUCCUAGUUUAAGGAGAUCCUAGCAAGAUUAAGCCUCUCCCAGCACAGAGACUCUAACAUCUUUUGUUAUGCGUAUUUAUCUUGGAUGCCUCAGCUUUCUCACUUCGACCUAAUCAGGCUCCAUAAAGCAUGGUGUGCUAAGGGAAAGAUGGCCCUAAUCUUUUAGGACCUCACCAAACUUGGAUCUCCAAGAGCUAUUGUUCUUUUCAGGUUUGGAGAUCUCAGCAGCUGAGCAAAGCAAGUUGAGACAGACUGUGGAGUCUUGGUGACAGCGGAGUUUUACAGAAAAGCAGACAUGAAACACUGACAGCAUUUGGAAAUAAACUUUGGCAGUAAGAUGGAAGCAUAAAUCUCAAGACUUUAAACCAAAACAGAAAUGGCUUGUGAUUAUUGAAACGACACCUAAGAGCCUCCAACACUUCUGUGUGAGCAGCAGAAAAGGAACAACUACAAUGGUAACACUAAUAACAGAAAAGCUGCAGAACCAGAGCUUGGAUGAUCUGACGUGUAAAACGUACAAUAUUAAUCUGUACUCAUCUGAGAAGUUGAACAAAAGUGGCAGCUUGUUCUCUUUCGAAAUCAACGAAGACAGUCCUUGGAAAGCUUUAAAUGGGGGUUGUCCAAUCCAGACUGAUGCCAGGAAUUCUGCCUACCCUUUCCCAGUGUGCCCCUUCAGCACCGGCCCUGCCAGCAAUGGCGCUUUGCAGUGGCAGCAGGAACCCUCCAGCACAUCCAUGGUGUCAGGAUGGAUCAGUGAGUUAAACCUCAACGAAAACUCGGGUCAGCCCUUGGCACCACCCACAAAACGUCACUGCAGGUCCCUCUCGGAGCCAGACGAGCUGGCUCGCUGUCGCUCACCCUGGAAACCUGGCAAUUCAAAGGUUUGGACUCCCGUGUCAAAGAGACGAUGCAACAGCGGUGGCAGCGCAACCUUGCAACGCUGCAACAGUCAUGGAAGUGCGACCUUGCAGAGAAGCACAAGCAUCAGCCUGCCACAAAACAUACUGUCCCUCAAUAAUGUCUUCACCGUCACCAGCUUCAACACAUCACCAGUACCCAGACCUUCCUCUGCCAGCAGCGGGUUUGUGGACAGCAGUGAUGGAAGCACGAGCUCCAGUACCCGCUGGAAUUCCGGAGGGCCCUGUGACUUUAACCCAAGGCGCCGCCUCUCCCUCUCCCAGGAGCACAUCACCGAGACAGGGAACCUUUUGCCUUCAGCCAACAGCACUCCCACCUCCACACCCGAGCUCAGUCGACGUCAGGGCUUGUUGAGGUGCCGCUCUCAGCCUUGUGUUCUGAAUGAGAAGAAAAGCCGGCUAAAGCGCAGACGGGAGGAGGAUGUACGAUGGAACAGGCCCUCGUUAGACUUUUUUAAAAUGACACGGACUUUAAAAAAUUCCAAAAGUCUUUGCUCCCUUGAUUAUGAAGACGAUGAUGAUGACACACAAAUGAAGACAAUUGUGUCAUCCCCAUGUGACUCAAAUGAUCUUAUGAACAUCAUCACCCCUGGUUCCAGUCCGAUGAAAGAACAGCUGGAUGAAGUAAGGCAUCACGGGUCAUGCCAAGGUAGCUUCAAAACAAGGGAUUAUAAGAAAGCAGCUGCAGUAUGUGAAAGUGAUGAGGACACAAGUGAUUGUGAGAGCACUGAAGAGGGCAUCUUUCCUCUAGACUGUGGGGACUUGGACCUAGAGCAGAUUGAAAACAACUGAGUCUCAAAGUUGUGUGCUAGAAUCAGAGUUGUUCUAAAUUAAAAUGAUAGAGGAUUACCUUUGCCAUGCAUAAUCCAUGUCCCUGAAUCUCUGUAUUGCCUAUCUUGGGCCUGUGUUAGAAGAAAUGUUUCAGGUGGGGGAAAAAUGUGAACCAUUGUUACCUGUUUAGUCUAUUGAUCAGUAUGUGGAUGACAAUGACAACAACAACAAAAAAAGUAGGAGGUUAAAUGUUAUUUUGAACAUUAAGGAAUAAUUUUGAUUAAAAAAUUUCCUAACAGAUAUUUUGCAUUUUUAUGGCUUUUACAGUUCUGGAGAAAAAGCAUCUCUAUUUUGAAAUGAAUUUUCAGAAGGGCAUUCUAUAAAACUAAAUCUGUCUACAGUGAUUCUGGUGCGGGUAUAUGUUGCUUUUGUUAAAGAGCUUAAUGUGAAAAGUGAAUUGCAUAAUGAAAUUGGUAAUAAACCUUCGGAUAGAACUCUUAAAUACCUGGUUGACAACUGGUCCAAAAUACUUAACUGCCAUCUCUGACAGUGUCUGGAAAAACAAAAACUUCAUAACAUGUACAAAUGUUCUUUUCAUACAUUCAGGACUUUUUGAUCAAAAUAUGGUAGUGACCUUAAAGGUUAACAUUUUCCAUGAUUUUACUACUUGAAUUGUUUUCUAGCCUGAAGCAAUGCUAAUUUAGGUGGGAUAAAACUGCAAGUAGCUGCCCACCUACUUGGUCAUUAUGUUUUCUGUGGUUCAAAAGAAUGUACAACAAGAGCACUUGAACUUUUAGACAGGGACUUUGUAAUGAUCAGUUCCCCAGGAGGUGAUCCCUUCAGCAAUACUAGAAGGAAGAUAGUCCUUGAAUUAAAUAAAAUGACAUUUUGCUUUGCA